AUGCAAUACUCUCGUCUUCUCGCUUUCACUUUGCUCGCUGUCGCGAACGUCAGCGGUGUCUUUGGCGCCACCGCUGCCCAGCCUGCUCUCAAGCCCCGCCAGAGCAGCGUACGAACGACGCCUCUGCUGAAGAACUUCAAGGGCCAGCCUGCGUUGCCCUCUCUCGCUUCUGUGCAGGCGACCAAUGCCACAGGCAGCGCUCUGGACCUCGCGAACAUCCAGGGUGAUAUUUUUGUUGGGAUGAAGAAGCCCGUGGAAAACUUUUACUUCUUCCACAUCAACGAUGCGGCCCAGUUCAAGGCCGACUUCAAGACCCAGCUCUCGAUCAUCACCUCGGCGGCGACCUUGAUCUCGCCCCCCGCAGACCAGCCUGCGGCUUACGUUAACGUGGGCUUCUCGCAGAGUGGCUUGACCGCUCUCGGUGUCACCGACGAUCUCGGUGAUGCCGACUUCAGCUCUGGUCAGUUUGCUCAGGCGGCGGCAUUGAAGGAUGAUACUACGCAAUGGGAACCCGAGUUCAAGGGCACGAACAUCCAUGGCGUCUUCCUCGUCGGCAGUGACGUCGGCACCAACAUCCAGGACACGUUCAACGACGCCAUCCAGGAACUCUUGAAGUCUGCCACGAUUGUCUACGAACUUGACGGUGCCGCUCGCCCUGGCGCUGAGGCCGGCCACGAACACUUCGGCUACUUGGACGGGAUCUCCAACCCUGGCGUCGACGGCUUCACGACGGAUCCGAAACCGGGUCAGUCCGUCGUCGACGCCGGCAUCAUCCUCACCGGCGAGGAUGGCGACAGCGUGACGCGCCCGGCAUGGGCGCUCGACGGCUCUUUCCUCGCCUUCCGCAAGCUCAAGCAGCUCGUUCCCGAGUACAAGAAGUGGCUGCUCGACAACGCCGUCCAGAGCCCGGCCGGAAACCUCACGCAGCAGGAAGGCGCCGACCUGCUCGGCGCGCGUAUCUUCGGUCGCUGGCCCAGCGGCGCACCCAUCGACCUCACCCCGCUCGCGGACGACCCCGCGCUCGGCGCCGACCCGUCCCGAAACAACGACUUCGACUUCAGCCACCCCGACUCGGACAUCACCAGCGACCAGUCGCACUGCCCCUUCGCCGCGCACAUCCGCAAGACGCGCCCGCGCGCCGACCUGAACAACGCGAACGUCGUCAACCAAGCGAUCCGCGCCGGCAUCCCGUACGGUCCCGAAGUCACUGCAGAUGAGUCGGCCUCCAACACCACCAGCAUCGACCGCGGCCUCGCCUUCGUGAUGUACCAGUCUAACAUCGGGAACGGCUUCCAGUUCCAGCAGACCGUCUGGGUCGACAACCAGAACUUCAUCUUCGGCAAGAACAUCUCGUCCGUCGGUCUCGACAUGGUCAUCGGCCAACCGGGUGCCGGCCUCGAGCGCAGCGCGUCCGGCUUUGACCCGACCGACUUCGACAAGGUCUUCACCCAGAACCCGACCAUCAUCUCUAACGGCGGCGAGUACUUCUUCGUUCCCUCGAUCUCGGCCCUGAACAACACCAUCCUGGCCUGACGAUGAGGAAGACGCGAGUCUUUCCUGCGUUCUUUUUCCUAUGGGGGUUUAAUCGGUCGGACACUGUGACAUUGCAAC